AUGCUUAACUGUGCUGAUUGCAACAAGCAGCAUGUUGAUAUGUUCAUGUAUAAAAUGGAACACCAAAAGCAAAAUUUAUCGAAGCAUGCCAAAAUUGACUUUCUGCAAUUGACAUCUGCCAAGUGGACAUGGGUUGGCCAGUUCACAGACAUUCUUUCAUAUGCCAAUGUGAUGUAUAUUAUAUUAGAUGGGUGGGCUGAGGGCAACAAUACAUCUGCUGAACAUGCUGGCUCAAUGUCACAAAUGCAAUCUACUGGAACAGCUGCUACCUCAGAACCAGCAGUCUCAGGGGAUAUGACCCAAACCAACUCUAAUGGACAGAAUACAUCCCAACAAGUCCUGGCAACGGCCUGUAUCACCAUUAUCGAAGAUUACAGGUGCUCAUGUACUUCAAAAAUCAAGGCAAAUGUGGCCCUCAUUGAAACCAUAUCAGCUGAGUUAUUUGCUACACCAGAACUGCAUGUCUCAACCAUUGCUAAACCCUACCUCUACAUGCUCAAUGAAGUUGAAUCAGAACAUGCCCAUUCAGGAGACAACUUAACAAGGGAACCAAGAAUGUGUGUGAAUGAACCAGCACAUGAUGACAAAGAAGCCCCUAUACCAAAGGAUAGGAGUAGAGCAGGAUCAGUUGAGUCAGGAGAACCUGCUCACAAACAAUCCAAGCUCAAUUAUUCAUCCAUCGAAGUCGCAGUUAAAACCAGAUGUUAUCAACCACUCUCACCUAGUCUUGAGUAUACCAAUGAGAUACUCAAGAAGUGGUCACAAGACCAAAAGGAAAGCAGAUGGGCUGAAAUCAUCACUGGGGAAUGUAUCAACCUCAAUGUUGUCCACACAAUCAUUACCUCUUCUCAAACUGUUGACAAGCAAACCAAAACCCUCAGGGGUGUUGAAAUCAAAUAUGGGGUCUCAGAAGCCGUCUCAAGGAAAAUUACCACUGACUCCAAGUGGGAUGCUGCAUGGAACAAAUCAGCUGAUGCUAUCAAAUUCACUUUCCCUCAUUGA